AUGAAUACUGAGAACAAUAGUAGCGGAAAUGAGAGUGAAGUAGUAUCUAGACAGAAUGAAUCAAAAAAGAGGAAAAAGUACGGCAGAAUGAGAGAUGUCAUGAAAAAGAUUAGACUGCAGAGCCACGAGGUAGGUGCAAACUGUAACUGUCGUAAACAAUGUUUUCAAAAUGUACCUGAAGAAGCAAGAAAAACCAUUCUCAAGAAUUUUAACGCAAUGACUUCUAUUAAUGAGCAGAACUCCUACUUAUGUGGAUUGAUUACGGUACUCCUCAUUCGCCGAAGAAGGCCUAGGAAAGAUGAAGACGUAGCAAAUUUGAGAAGUAGUGCAUAUUCUUACAGGACAAGCUUUUAUGUCUGUUCAUGGAAUAAAGAAAAAAAAUUAGAGAUACUACAAAAGUCACUAAAAAUGACUGGAGUCGCUCCAAAAGAUAAAAGAGGAGAAAAUAAAAACCAUCCUAGGAAAUUUGAUGCUCACGUUCUUGCAGCAAUAGACGAACAUAUAAAGUCAUUUAAAGGCAGGAAAAUCCACUACAGUGUGACGGAUAGUAGAAAAUUAUACUUACCUGAAGACUUAAACAUAAAAAAGAUGUUCAAAAUGUUUUGCGAGUUGAACCCUUCUAUGAAAGUAUCUUACGAGUCGUACAGAACAGUCUUUAAUACAAAAUUCAACAUAGCCUUUGGAUAUCCCACGACCGAUACAUGUAGUUCUUGCGAUGAGUUUCUUAUAAAAAUAAAAUCUCUUCAGUCUGAUGUUUUAAAGAGUAUGGAUAUUGCUCAAAAAGAACGCUUUCAAAAGGAAAUACGCCAUAUUACAAUACAAAAUGAUGUACACAAAAGAAAGGCUGAGGUAUUUUACAGUAGAAAAAGGGCUGCGAAGAAACGAAGUCGAACCUCUGUGACUCACGAAGCUAUUUGUCUCGAUUUUGGACAAAAUCUCAGUGUCCCAAACAUAACAACAAACGAUGUUUACUAUAAGAGCCAGCUGAACGUCUAUGCCUUUAAUAUCCACAUUCUAUCUACAGCAAAAAGUUUGAUACCCAUCACGGCUAAAAAAUUUAAACACCUACAAGAUUUAAAACGAUUCUGUGGUGACGAAGCAAAACAAUUUUUCGAUAACCUGCCCAAGAACUAGAAGUAUAUUUUAUAUUAAUAACUAUUGUCUACUUUUCGGUAUACCUUGUUUUUUUUGGACUUGGCCCCUUUAGGCCAACAAUGUUUGAUGGUUUGACCAAUUAAUGCUUAUGUUCUACUUUGUAUAAAUGACUAUAUAAGUUUAAUUUCUUGUGUGUGUCUCAAUAAUUACCCAAAUAACUAAUCUAA